AUGGCGAGUGAACCUUCAGGACUGCAUCCACCGUCAGCAGUAUCCCGCUUACACUCCCUUUUGACGCGUUUGCUGCGCAUAACCACUACCGAUGGCCGAGUCUUCAUUGGAUCGUUUGCUGGAACGGACAAGCCGCUUAACAUCAUUCUGCUAAAUACCGACGAGUUUCGCGUCAACCCCGGGCUCGACGAUAACCCCGAUGGGCGCUACGUCGGGCAGGUUUUGAUACCAUGGAAACUAGUCGUAAAAGUCGAGGUCCACGAAGGUGGAUUGGCGGACCGAGAAGCAGUUUUGGAUGGUUUUAUUUGA